AUGCAGCUUUUUCACCACGGUCGGGGCAAUUUCAGGCGUAUAAGGAGUACGAGAUACACGAUCAGCAUUGGACCGACCGGACAUACGGAGGGAGAGGUCGUGGAUACAGCCGCGGAGGUUAUAGCUAGCGCAGAGGAAGCUAUAGACUCGGUAACAACCGUGAACUCACUCCCUUUCGUGGAUCAGGACCACGAGGAGGCUACCGUGGAACCAGGAUACUGGUCGAAGUAUCAUACCGGGGAGGAACGAAGACAAUCACUCAAUAACUUCCGCCAGCAACAUUACUUCACCACGGGCCAAGCGGCCACCCCACAGGAUUUCCAGAUAUUCCUCAACGACUUUGAAGGAGAGGAGGAGACAGAAGUGCUAGACAGCAAUAAUAGGCAUAAAUCAACCCUGAUGCUCGCAGACAUAACUAUUGAGGAUAACAGGCACAAGGGAUUCUUGACAGAGCUCGGGGAAGUCGACGGGAUUAGAAUAAUAUCCAUCCUAAACGACCAGUCAGCAUACCAUUUCUUCACUAAAGACGACAUCUUCCAGCAGCGACAAGCCAACGGACAGGCCAUUAAAGUGUUCACACUUGACAACCGGUAUUCAUCUGACACUUUCCAAGGUAUCAUACCGGAUACCGGAGCCUCUAGUGUUUCGUCUGCUAGCGAGCCUCAAUUUAGGGCAUUAUACAAGCUCGACCCCAGAGUCAGACUCGAUACGUCCCGGGCUAGGGAACAUAGAAUCAAAUUUAGAGUCGGAGAUCCAAAAGUCUCCUUAGGGACUGCCGAUGUCGAUACCCCAAUUAGAUCUAUUACGUUUCAUAUCCUUCCCACGAACACACCGUUUCUCUUCUACCUCAAGGACAUAGAUACUAUAGGGGUGGAGCUCAGAAACAAGAAAAACGUACUUGAGCGAGGAAACAAGAGAGUGCCUAUCGUUCGCAAGUCCCCAGGACGAUUCAAAUUCACUUUAAAAGAUAACUAUAAGUUCAACUACUCGGUUAUCGUCGAUAUCCUGUACCUCGAAGGAAAGCCCGUUUUGCAAAUCGAUACCUACCAGGGACCCCCGGACUACGUUGUGCACGAUACAGGGAAGAACUUCACAUCUACAGAGUUCAAGCAGCUUGCAUUGUCGAUGUCAAUCAAAGUUAAGGAGGUCCCCGUAGAAGCUCACAAUAGCGUAGGGAAGGUAGAACGAUACCAUACACUGCUGCGCCGUGCCUACGAAAUUCUCAGAGAUAAGCUCAAGGAUAAGAACAUUGACAAGGAGAUAAUCCUGCAAAUGGCCGUGAAGGCUGUCAACGACUCAGCCGGACCAGAUAGAAUUAUCCCAACACUGCUUGUCUUUAGGGCAUACCCGAGAAUAACGGAAAUAGAUCCACCAUCACCUUCGGUAAUCAAGAGAGCUAAGGCUAUUCGCGCUGCAACCAAAGAGGUCCGUCGCCUACAUACGGAACGCCAGGUGAAUAACGCUCUCGCCAUACGCAACGGCCCUAGUACAAUCGCCACAUUGAACCUACCAUUACAGUCGGAUAUUCGAGUCUAG